AUGGAUCCAAGCUACGUGUCUUUCGUCGUGUUUGACGAGGAUGACGUCUCGCGCGGCUACCGUUACCGAGUUAAACUAUUCCUGAGCUGCGGAAUAGAAAAACCUUUCGUCUUGAAAUGGGGACCGUACAGCAAUGCGUUCGCGCAGGCUCAACUUGUUCUCCUCCAUAUCACGGAGUAUGGCCCGGAAAGAGUCGGGGUCAAUCCCCUUCAAUAUGCGAAACCCGAUAAGGAUACUAUUCUUGUGAAUGGCUGGAACCAGUUUCUCUGGGCGUUGCCAUUGGGCAGCGAGAUCAAGAGGCGAGGCAAACUUACUGCUAAUUAUUACAGACGGCUGAUACCAGGUGAGAAGUACGAGUUACUUUGGCUUGGAGCUGAGAUCAGUAUGUGGGAUUGGGAAAGCAUGUCAGAUCACGUCGGCCAGGAGCUAGAAUCCCGACAGGUGAGAGAGUCGACAUCACCACGAUUGAUUCUUUCCAGGAGUAGAGUCAUUGCAUUUCCCGCGAAACAAGAGCCAGAGCCUUGGCUUGGCCGACCAGACACCAAGACCGAAGCCCAGUUUCAAAGAGCAAACAAGAUGAAAGAACAUUGGCGCCGAGAGGGAUAUUGCCGAAGAAACCCUCCCCUGUCGCCCAUGGAGCCAUCCGAAAGAUUACCCGAAGACGUCAUUGACCUUACCAUUAAGGUCACUUAUGAAGGUUCUGCCGAAGGAGGCAGCUCAAGGCCUAUCACAUUCCACACAGCAGCUUUUCUGACCGGCGAAGGAAAACGAGAAGGCAUCAGACUAUAUCGACACAAGGAUGGAUCAUGGGAGCGAAGCGAUCCCGACGACGGUUUUGGCACCGGCUUUGAGAUCUUCGACGAUCCUCCCAUUCUCGUCAACGUUGGCGAGAGUGGCGAAUACAGCGACCGGUUUAUAGAUGCUGCUAGUCACCGACAACAGCGCUGGAGAAUAUUAACAAUGGCGCCUUCUAGGAGUGAUCGCGACUGGGACGCGCUCGACGGAGAUGUCGACACAAUUGAUCUUACCUUCUCUUCGCCCGAACCAGAACCACGUUCCCUUCCACUACCGCGGCAGCAGCACCUGAAUCCAAGCUACUUCAAGCGAGAACCGCAGCCGGAUGCCAUGUCGCAUAUAAAACGUGAACGGAAUCACCCGGGAGGUAUCACAAGCAACAAUCCUCGCGCGCAACAAGGACGACAGAUUAAUCCUCAUCAUAUCGCCCAAAUUAUCAACACAAGUGAUACCAAUGCGCUACGGAAAAUAUUACUCGACCUCUGCAAGAUUUCACCCGCUCUGUCUGGAGCGGUUGCUCGCGGCCUGGCGCCUCACUCUACGUUUGCGCAAGCGACCAUUAACCAACAUCGGGUCAGGCCACAACCCCCAGACACCAACCCACGCAUCAAACCAGACCCGGAACUUGUACGGCCUUUUGCAUCGAAUUCUAGACCUCGCUCUGCUGUUCCCGCCAUCGAACGCCUAUCUGCGCGCCCAUCCGCGCGUCCGUCUGCAAGCCCGUCCAUAUAUCCGUCUGCACCACGAAUCAAGUUCGAACGCACAGCCAGCCCUGCAGAUGAUUCCGACGCGAGUUCCAUCAUCGUAGACUUCCCAGGGUCUUAUCCACGCAGUCCUCAACCUUCAAGCGGGAACCGAGCACCACCAAGAGAGGGUUUAUCAGGACCUACGAAUCUCAGUAUCUCUCGACGACUUGCCAGCAUUCAAGGCGAGCCCGAGGCAGCAUCCAAGUCAUGCAUGAGAUGUCACCGGCGAUUAGAAGGAAAUUCUGGAAAUUGUCGUUGGCAUUCCGGGUCUGAAGUCAGUGUAGGGAGUGGUCGCCCCUCUUUCAGCUGCUGUCGUAGGCCGUUCGAUUCAGCUGGUUGCAUGACCGGACCUCAUGUUGAAAGAUCGGACCCUAUUCAACGCUCACCUCUGAAACGGACUCACCCGAAUACACCUGCCGUUACAUUCGGCUCACAAUCCUUGAAGAAGCCUAGAGUUCUCUGA